AUGCUAUCCAUCAAUAAGCCAAUUGUAUCCAAGUUAGGAUUGUCCGGGCUUGCAAGCGUGUCGCUCCGCCCAAAUGCUUUUGCUCGUACCCUAAAGAUCAAGACAGAGCUCCUCGAGAACAACGAUAGACGCAAGCACAACGACACAAAAUUCAUCUCACAUCCCAUGUUUCCUCACCCAGAAUGGACAAAUGAAGAAGUGGAGAUGGUGACUCCUACUCAUCGUGUUCCAAAGAGUACCAUGGACAAGGCUGCACUCCGUGCUAUUACCCUGGUUCGUACACUUUUCGACAUUGCAACCGGCUACAAAAAGCCCAAAACACCCGAAGAAAUUGCCCAUCGUUUUGAAGGCACCAGAUGGGAGAUGAACGAAAACAAAUGGCUCACUCGUAUCAUUUUCUUGGAAUCUGUUGCAGGUGUCCCUGGUAUGACUGCUGCUUUUAUUCGCCAUUUGCACUCUUUGCGCUUACUCAAGAGAGACAAGGCAUGGAUUGAAACCUUGUUAGACGAAGCCUACAAUGAGAGAAUGCAUCUUCUUACAUUCAUCAAGAUCGGUAAACCUUCGUGGUUUACGAGAUUCUUCAUAUAUAUGGGCCAAGGUGUGUUCUGCAACAUGUUCUUCUUCAUGUACUUGCUUUAUCCUCGUUUCUGCCACCGCUUCGUGGGUUAUUUGGAGGAGGAAGCUGUUAGCACAUACACACAUCUUAUCAACGACUUAAAGGCCGGAAAGUUACCAAAGUUUGAUGAUGUUGAGGUUCCUGAGGUUGCCCAACAAUACUGGACAGAGCUCAACGAGAAAUCAACAUUUUUAGAUUUGGUAGAGAGAGUCAGAGCUGAUGAAUCGAAACAUAGAGAGGUCAAUCAUACGUUGGCCAACGUCGAUCAGAAGAAUGACAGAAACCCAUACGCGUUGAAGAUCGAGGGCACCGACAAGCCACAACCCGAGAAGGGUUUGAAAUCCAAGCACCCAGAAGGCUGGGAGAAAGAAGAUUUGAUUCUCUAA